GGAGUUUGUCGUGUUAUUAAAAUACGAGUUGCAGUUGCCCAUUAUCUCUUUCUAUCUCUCCCAUGGCCGAACUUCUUCGGUUACCUUCUCAUUUGUUCCGGCAUUCCUCUCCCCUGCUACACUCCGCAUGCACUUUUCAACUGGGCCUCCGAUCGAAGCGGUACUCAGAUGGCUGGAUUUGUUCCGCUGCAGAUUCUGCCGCUACUCCAGUCCCACUCUUCUUCAGGCACACAAAGAGACAGCUUUCUUCUAAGGUACAUGCAACGAUUGCUGAAACUGAUCAGCCUAAAUGGUGGGAAAAGAAUGCAGGCCCAAAUAUGAUUGAUAUUCAUUCGACAGAAGAAUUUUUAAGAGCUCUAGGUGAAGCUGGAGAAAAAUUGGUUAUUGUUGACUUUUAUGGGACUUGGUGUGCCUCUUGUCGGGCAUUGUUUCCCAAGCUCUGCAAGACUGCUGGAGAACAUCCUGACAUUUUAUUCCUAAAAGUGAAUUUUGAUGAGAACAAGCCUAUGUGUAAAAGCUUGAAUGUGAAGGUGCUUCCUUAUUUUCACUUCUAUCGUGGAGCAGAUGGGCAGUUGGAAUCAUUUUCGUGCUCACUUGCAAAGUUUCAGAAAAUAAAGGAUGCCAUCGCAACACAUAACACAGAUCGGUGUAGCAUCGGUCCACCCAAAGGCAUUGGAGAUCUUAACCUUCCUGAAACUUCCAGAGUUGCAAAGGACAAGACUCUAGAUUCUAGUUCAAGAUAAUCCUUUUUUCUAUCCUCCAAUCAUUGAUCUUGCUUUUUUUUUUACCUUGUCCUCCAAUGCUGGUACUCCAUGGGCAGUUCAUAGUGGAGAGUUUUUCACUCCUAAAUUGUAUAUGCUUAUUAUUCUGGGCAGUUCUUUCUAGCUUGCGAUGUACUAUAUUAAUCUCUUGGCUGAAAGAGAAAUUAUAUGGUCUGAAUAUUCAUUCAAUUUACUCUUUUUGUCUAGUUGGUGUUA